AUGGCUGAUCAUCUGGACCCCAGAGACGCAUCUCCCGGCGCUUCUGAGACGGGGCGUCGCCGGUCCAAGAACCCCCUGCGCAACAUGAUCCAGCAUCUCACCGUCGACUCGUCUCCGGGUGGCAGCGAGACCGGGUCGCGGCGCUCAUCACUGAUCCGCCGGCUAAGCGGACAGAAGAGCCGAUCGCCGUCGGCGCACUCAGAUGCCGCCUCGGGCUCACGGCCAAACUCGAGGCCCCCUUCGGCCAUGGGCGUGAAUCGCGACCCGGCGCUGUGCGAGGCUUGCGCGCGGAUAGCCGCUGAAAUCGAAGAGACUCUGGAUGAGGUGGACGCAACUUUCACCAAGCCAGCUAACGGCGGGGCUUCAGACUUUGAGACACGGGAGCACUUUGUAUCACGGCUGAAGCUUCUGGAGGAGAACCGCUGGUCGGCAACUUGUCCGAUGUGUAAGCUGUUCUGGGAGGUUCAUGUUCCCAGUAAAGAGCCCGGAGAGUACAACUUGGUGGCCUUGUCAACGCGAGAUACGAGCUACUUCAUCGACUCAGCCAAGAUGCAGGAUCACCCGGCCAAAGGACGAGCCAAGGGGCUCAGUCCAGCUUUCUUCUCGGUCAUCUCCAAGACAAAGGCUCACAAUGGACAGGAUCCUGACGUAGAUUCUGAAUGGUUCCGCGAAUCGGCCAUGCUGCUUCGAACAAGGCCUGAGAUGUUGGUAGACACUGCGAGGGGAAGAAGCGGUGGAGGAAGAAAAUUAACCGCUCCAUCUCAAACAUCCUCACCACAACCAUCACCAACAUUUAAUUUACCCGAUGAUGCUUUCUGGCCGCAGAGAGGGGUCUGGGGACGAGAAAUCGGGAAGAAUGCCGAUCUAAGCCUUGUGCGAGAGUGGCUUCACUUUUGCGACAAUCACCACCAAGGACGAUGUUCGCGGAGAUCGGUUCAAGCUGAGAUCAAGGGAUUCAGACUCAUCGAUUGCGGCCAAUCUCCUCCACGGGUGGUCGAAGCAUCCCUGCGAGAAGACUUUGUAGCGCUGAGUUACGUAUGGGGCGAUGCGAAAGAGGAUGGAACUUUCCCGCGUGUUGUUAAAGAUGCUGCUACAGUAGCGCUUGAACUCGGCUUCAGAUAUCUCUGGGUAGAUCGCUUCUGCAUAGACAGCACAAAUGUGGAAGAGAGGAGGGGGCAUCUCCAUCGAAUGGAUGAGAUUUACAGAGGAGCUGCAUUCACAAUAAUCGCCGCUGCUGGCGACAAUGCCAUGCACGGGCUGCCGGGAGUUGGAUCAACAACGCGACCAACUCAACCAAAAUACAAAUUUACUACAUCUAACGUGACUCUCGUUUCAAGUCUCCAGGACCCACGCCUUCUCGUUGAGGGCUCAAAAUGGUACACUCGAGGAUGGACAUAUCAAGAAGGACUUCUCUCCCGGCGACGACUGGUUUUCACAGAGCAGCAAAUGUACUGGGAGUGCGAGGGUUUGGCGUGCCCUGAGACUUUGGACCUACCGCUUGAGUUUUACCACGAUCCGACAGAGAAGCGUAUGUGCGAUUUCGUGCGUCCCGGCCUAUUUAACGGGGUAUCAUACAUGGACGGCAGCUGGGAGCGGUGGAAGAAGCUACCUCAGAAGCUGGGAGAGGCGAGCACGCUGAGUCUGUUCCGUGAAGUAGACCAGCAUAUUACGAAAUACACAAAUAGGAAUCUGAGCCGGGACGAAGAUUCGUUGGAUGCGUGCUUGGGUCUUUGGCGAGAACUGGAGAACACGCUUGGAAGGGGAAAACUGAGCGAUCUGGUGGGUAUCCCAAUAUGGGCACCGACAGAGCCAUCGGAAGAAAAUAAUGGCAUGCCGAGGACAAGACAUCUAUUCGCAUUGUCAAUGUGCUUCUGGCAUCAUAAAGUCGGCACACAGCCGCAACGAAGGAAUCAUUUGCCGAGUUGGUCGUGGGCAGGAUGGUCUGGCCCAGUUGAGCUCUUUUCAUCCGUAACAAUCGCCGCCGAUCCUGAGACGAGAGUGAAAAGUCGAAAGAUAUUCACUCAUCACUAUGUGACGGCAACACAGCUGACGAGAAACGAGCCAUCGUCUGUCCAGUGGACAUACUCGCCAGAGAUGACGGUGCUUGGGCCAGACGGUUCUGUGGUGUACGAUUUCGCAGAGCAGCUUAGUUCGCCCCCACGAUUCCGUCCAGCAAGAUAUGCCCUCCGCGUGAAAGAUCCAUUAGUAUUGGACCGCGUAAAGGCAAAAACUCAUUCCGAAGGCUGGCAGUUCAGUGGCCUCAGCGUUGACGUGCGGAUGAGUCGAGGCAGCGGGACAGAAACCGCCUGUCAGGGAGGCGAAAACAGCAUUGGCAGCAUCAAGGAGUACAUAACGCGGCAUGGAAAGGGAGAGCAGAUGAGCGUGCUGUGGUUUGUGGAAGAGGCCACGGUGAUGCUGCUGGUUGUGGAGAGGACGGGAAGAGGGUCAUGGGAGCGCGUGGGGAGGAUGAGAAUGGCCUUUCCAGAAGAUGCAAAGGAUGUUUUGAGGAGCUCUGGGAGGCUGGACGGCUUAUUGGGAAGAUUACCGUUGAGAAAGCUGGGGGAGGACAUCAUCAUCGAGUAA